ACCAUGAAUAUGAUCUCCACCAUCUUCCUAUAUGCUACUACUAUAGCUGUUGAUUUUCCUAUUUUAUAAUCUCUAGCAUAAUUCAGCAUGGCCAAAGACAAGUACAGGUCUUUCUUGCAUGAUGAACCUGAUAACGUUCAGUGGAGACAUGGUGGCCCUCCCACUUAUGAUGCUGUUAACAAGCUUUUUGAAGAAGGAAGAACAAAGGAGUGGACAGAAGGAUCAUUGGAGGAGAUAGUGCAAAAUGCUAUUAAGUCAUGGGAGAUGGAGCUCUCACACAAGACCCGUUUGCAGGACUUCAAGACAAUAAACCCUGAGAAGUUCAAGCUCUUUGUGAAUGGCAGGGAAGGAUUAUCUGGAGAGGAUACUCUAAGCCUGGGAAGUUAUAAUGCUUUGUUGCAAAGUUCUCUGCCUGAAGACUUGAAGCCUUACAAAGCAGAUGAAGAGACUUUUGAAUCAUCUCAUGAAGCGUUCAAAUCAGCUUUUCCUAGAGGGUUUGCUUGGGAAGUGAUCAAAGUUUAUAGUGGACCACCUGAAAUUGCUUUCAAGUUUAGGCACUGGGGCUUCUUUGAAGGUCCUUUUAAGGGACAUGCCCCUACCGGGAAGAUGGCCCAAUUCUAUGGCUUGGGAACUGUCAAGGUGGAUGACUCUUUGAAGGUUGAAGAGGUGGAGAUUUACUAUGACCCGGCAGAGCUUCUUGGAGGCCUUCUUUCAGGGAACCACAUAAAUCACCCAAUUGAAGAGGAUGGCACCAAAACUUCAGCACCUUCCCAAGGAUGUCCCUUCUCCAAAUAAUUACAAUGAUGUUUUUAAGUGAAUGGUGUCUUGGGAUCCAGCUAUAUUUCUUGAAUUAAUUAAUGUGGCAGCUGAGAUUUGAAGGCAAAUAUAGUAUUUGUGUGAAAUUGGGUCCAUUGAAUAAAAUUGGAAACAUGUCAAAAUGAAUUAUUUUUUUCCCCGCUUUAUAUGGAAAAUUAUGGCAAAUAAAUGUGAUGUGUUGGAAAGCAAUGUGCAUGAUACAAUGUCGGUUUGGCUUUGCUGUUGCAUAGUUUAGAAGUUAUAAGUUAUUUUAUUUUAUUUUUGGGAGGGAGAGCUUUCUAGCAAUCUUAUGAAGAGAUAGAUCCAAUAAGGGACCAAGUUAGCUCAUGUGGCAGCAAAAUCUAUUAUAUUGUUGAAUGAAAGCAUUUGAAGAUCAAGUACAAUGCAGUAUUGAAUUACUAGUUAC